CACACCCGGUCUGGCAGCAUGGCUUGCUGCUCAGCCUUACUCCCGAAAUAUAUAAUUAUGCUCCGUGGUCCACUUUUCUUUGCUCUUUGCAGUGCUUUUGCUAUCCUCUUAGAGUGUGAAGUAUUUGAUUAAAUUCGGCGUGAUGAAUGAUCGUUUCAAGGCUCAAAAUACUGGCGCUGCAUGGACUCAAGUCGAAGAACUUGAUUUUGAUCAACUGUUUAGUGCGUCCGAUCGUUUGACUUGUCUCGAGCUUUGGAAUUUCGAGGAUCCGAGCAAAAACCUUGCCAACUAUGGCCCAAUGAUCGGUAAGGGGGAAGAGGUUCUGUCCAGACUUGUAAAUACUCCACAUCGGCAUUUUGAGAGAUUUCUAAUACUUCAAAAGGGCAGUGAAGAGUACAAACAGUGUACCGAACGCCUUGUCAUAUUCUUCUCCGAAGGAACCACAGAGUGCUCUGAUCGGGACCCGUAUACCUUGAGGCGCAUCAAUCCCCCUUUCCGCGUUCAAAAGUCAACAUUCAAGUCGAUCGGUGAUGCUUUUUCGCUACCAAUGAGGUUCCAUUUGGAGAUGUAUUCUGACGGUGCGACUAUGUUCAUGGACAUGGGAGGGCUACUUUGCGAAGCUGACAACGAAAUUCAAACUUUCGCGUUGCAAAACAGCUUCACCACAACGAGCCAAUAUAGCGCCAGCUUCAGCUACAACGUUGCCACGCGAACCACUGGUGCAUUUAUCCACGGCCUGUGCGAAUUCGAAAUACAAGCACUCGUCAAUAAACUCGUGUCUCGACGAAACAACAUCGCGUUCCCCAUGAUGCUACCUCUCCACCUCCUAGCCUUCCGUGCUGACUCGGCACGAGGUAAAGUAGGAGACAGCCACCGCGAGAUCAUUGAAAUCGAGCACCAAACCGGCAUUCGCACGAAAUGGCACCCUGGAAAGCCAUGCUGUGGAGAUUCGCGAGGAAACACCUCCGAGAAGCGGCGCUACGACGAUGUGGAUUUUGAUAAGGUGACCGCGGAUCUGACAAGCUUUACGUCGAAGCUCGCUUAUGUGGAAUAUGUCUGUGAAGUGCAUCUGCCAAUGCUGGAUAGCUUCGAUGCUAUCAAUAAGCGUAUACUACAGACAUAUGCUGAGAAUGGAAGACGGAGACUGGAGGAAGCGGAGCAUCGACUUCGGACGGAGAGUGGCUUGCUGCGGAGCUCGUUGCAAGCUACUUAUUCGAGGGCAAAGUAUUUAUCUAAGCGAGGACAAGUUCAAGUGCAGACGAUCUAUAGUUUGAUAGCACAAAAAGAUAAUGCACUGAGCACGAAGGACAAUGCUGCACUGAAAACCAUCUCGGAGGACCAGAAGCGCAUCACUUUGAUAGCUGCAAGAGACAGUGCUGCCAUGAGGGUGAUAUCCGUUAUCACGACAGUCUUCAUUCCAGCGACGUUCUCAGCAACAUUCUUCAGCACCACAUUCUUCAAUUUUCAAAAAGGAAAUGAAGGGAUUGUAUCUCCUUGGGUGUGGCUGUAUUUUGUUGUUACAAUCGUUCUCUCUGUCUUGAUCAUCGCUUGGUGGUAUGUCUCUUCUAGGCGCAGAUGGUAUGAGAUUGAGAGUGAAGUUGGCGGGCUUGUCGCCAAGAUGGAAAUGAAGGAUGCACGAGACUCGGGGAAGGAUUCAGAUCAAAUUGGUGUACGGCACGUCGAAUUUGCCUUGAAAUAA